AAGGGCCACGCUGCCUGCGGCCAGCUGUAGGGACACUGCGUCCUUGUUUCCGUGGCAAUAAGAGUCCGCGAGUGGCCUUCGCUGGGUGUUUGGCGCUGCUGAGGGGGCCGCGCUGCCCUCAGCCGCUCCUCACCGUCUUCUCCUUCUCUUUCCUAAGGCUGUGCUGAUGCCUGCCCCCGCCCGGCCUCGUCCAGCUCCCUCCCGACUUCUAAGCUUCAAAAGUUUGUAGUGAGCAGAGCGCUGAUUUGGAAGACAGUGGUGACUGGUGAGAUGCUACUGACAGAAAAGAAUCCAUGCGUCUAGUGGGAGAUGAUCUAUCGCCUUACCGCUGAACCCGUAGCUAUGCAGGCUGUAGCAAUCGCUGCUGCUUAGAGAUCUGAGGCACUAUGCCAGGGAAACGCACUGCGAAGAAGAGCCCGGUGCCAGAAGAAGAGUCUCCUGGAAGGAAGAAGAUUAAAGUCUGCCACCCGUCCCACCGGACGCAGCCCGGCCUGGUGCUGACGCUGGGGCAGGGGGAUGUCGGUCAGCUGGGCCUGGGCGAGGACGUGAUGGAGAGGAAGAAGCCGGCCCUGGUGCCGCUGCCGGAGAUGAUGGUGCAGGUGGAAGCCGGAGGGAUGCAUACGGUGUGCCUCAGCCAGACGGGAAAAAUCUACAGCUUUGGCUGCAACGAUGAAGGCGCCCUCGGGCGCGACACCUCGGCAGAAGGGUCGGAGACCACGCCGGGGCUGGUGGAGCUGCAGGAAAAGGUGGUGCAGGUCUCUGCAGGGGACAGUCACACAGCCGCACUGACGGAGGACGGCAGGGUUUUUGUCUGGGGUUCUUUCCGGGAUAACAACGGGGUGAUCGGCUUGCUGGAGCCCAUGAAGACGAGCUCUGUUCCUGUGCUGCUCCCGCUCAGUGCACCCGUCGUUAAAAUUGUCUCAGGGAAUGACCACUUAGUGAUGCUGACGGUGGAUGGUGACCUCUUCACGUGCGGCUGCGGCGAGCAGGGCCAGCUGGGGAGAGUGCCGGCGCUGUUUGCCAACCGAGGAGGAAGGAAAGGGCUGCAGCGCCUGCUGAUCCCCCAGUGCGUCCCUGUCAGAGGCAAAGGCAACAGAGGGAAAAUGCGCUUCCAGGACGCCUUUUGCGGGGCUUACUUCACCUUCGCCGUCACGCAGGAGGGACACAUCUAUGGGUUCGGCCUCUCCAACUACCACCAGCUGGGGACCCAGGGCACCGAGCCCUGCUUCUCCCCGCAGAACCUGACGUGCUUCAAGAACUCCACCAAGUCCUGGGUCGGGUUCUCCGGCGGGCAGCACCACACGGUGUGCGUCGACUCGGAGGGUAAAGCCUACAGCCUGGGCAGGGCAGAGUACGGCCGGCUGGGCCUCGGAGCAGGGGCGGAGGAGAAGAGCACGCCCACGGUCAUCCCGGAGCUCCCCAGCAUCUCUUCUGUCGCAUGCGGUGCAUCGGUCGGCUACGCUGUCAGCAGUGACGGACGAGCGUUUGCCUGGGGCAUGGGCACCAACUACCAGCUGGGCACGGGAGAGGAGGAUGACGUCUGGAGCCCCGUGGAGAUGACGGGCAAGCAGUUGGAAAACCGCACGGUCCUGGCCGUGUCCAGCGGUGGCCAACACACGGUGCUGCUGGUCAAGGACAAGGAGCAGAGUUGAUGAAGCGACACCGCGCAGCCGAGCCCAGCGGGAUCGCGGGACCCACGCACACACCCCCACCUUCCACCCGCGUCGGGCGACCGGUUUCCAGCUCUGGUCUCCCGCUGACGGCGGUGGGGAGGGCAGGAGGCUCCCGGAGCUGGGCCCCGGCAGCUUCUGUGUGGCUGGAGCAGGGCUCUUCAGGGAUGCUCAUGUUUUUUUCCCUGCGAGUGUGUGUCUGUCUUCCUGUGGUGCCUGGUGCUCUGUCAGCUCCUCCGGGUCGGCUUGGUCCUAAACUGAUCUCAGUACUGUGGCUGGAUGGGUUUUCCACUUCUCAUCUCUUUUGUUUUUUUAAUAUUUCCUGGCCUGGCAAAGCUGAGGGUCGUCUUCACUACACAAAAGGGUUUGGGCAGCAGGCUUUCUGAGCUCCCCCAUGUUUCCCAUCUCUGGGUGCUCCUCCAUCCCCUUAACCUAAACAUCUUUUACCUCUCUGACUUGGAUUUGUCUGCUGCCACCCACCAAACCCCUCUGGGCUCGUUCUGGGUGACAUCUCAGGCCAGCAGAAACACUCCCAGGGAGCUCUCUCCUCUCGCACCCAACGCUUGUGGCUGCGGUGGGGAGAUGCUGCCGGGCGGGUGGGAGCCUGCGAGGGGGAACACCGCUGGACGAUGCCCGGCCCGCGCUGCGCACAGAGCUGUGGCUGCUGGAGAAGGGAAGGGGGGCUCCUGCCUCCCACCCAUCACCACUUACGGAUCUGAGCCAAAAUCCCCCAGGCAGCGAGGCCGGGAGCAGGUUCCCCCGCUCCCUCCUGCCUGGAGCGGCCGCCUCCAGCUCUGGUUUUUGCAGUUCCAGCCGCUCUUUCCCAUUGCCUUCGGAAACCCAACAAAAUCCAUCCCACGGGUGGGGACUUUUGUUAUUUUAAAUUUUUUCUUUCCUUUGCUGAGGAAGGAGCUUCAUUUGCCGUUAGGGCCUCGCUGAGAAGACAGAACCAAAACCCAGCUAUGCAUCGUAUCGCUCUGAACAACGGGACUCCCUCCUCCCAGUCGCCUCCGGUCUUGGUCCAACUGGUCUCGCUCCCUGCGCCUGGCCUGCCCCAUCUUCUCUUUCCGUGCUGCCUUCUGGGUACCUGGACUGAGAAGGGGGUCUGCGAAGAUUAAAUUUUAUAUGUUAAGUUAUAGCAAU